AUGGAGGAGGCUGCACAGGCCUUCGCAAGUGUCCAACAUCAACGUGUGGACGUGCCCUCUUCCAAGUCAGAUUACAAUGGAAUUUUGUUUGAAGCACGUUUGAACGCUGUAGGUGAAUAUUUGGUUCAUCGUACAUCUGCUGCAAGUUCCUUAGACGAGGUGGAGCAGGUUGCAGGGAAGACCAUGGCAGAGAGCUCAAUCAGCCAGUUGCGUGAUAGGGCCCUGCGCUUGAUGGCGGAAAAAGAGACCUACAAGCCGGCAAGGCCCUUAAAGGUUUCAGAACUGGAGUUGCUGGAGAGGACCUUACAGGGGCAGUCGGACCCUAUUGACGCAUGCAUGUUGGGGGCAGUCAUUUUUGCAGUUUUGUCCAGAGCAAGAUGGUUGGACUUGAAGCGCAUUUAUCAAAUCUGGAUUGAACAAGCAGAACAUGAUGGAAGGCUUUAUGGGUCUGGUGAGGCCAGAACAAAGUAUCAUAAAACGGCUAUGUCACUGGCAAAGAAACAGCCGUAUAUGCCGUUGGUAGCACCAGUUUUGGGUGUCACCGCAGUGGACUGGACGAAGCAUUGGGCGCAAGCUUGUGAGAGUCUGGGUGUGAGCUUUGACAGAGAUCCAUUUGGAGCCCUUUGCAGAGCAGCUUCACAUGGCGGUGUAUCGUGCAAGAGGUCGUGCACCACUGAGGAGGUUGGCUUUUUCCUGCACCAGAUUUUGAAGACCAACAUGGAGAACGCGAACGACGAUACAUGUGAGCCGACAUCACCGUUGGAGACAGCGCCAUCUCCAAAGCAUGAGGACGCAGCGGAUGGUGAGGAUUCCAACGAGAUUCCUUCUACAGAUUCAAGUUCUUAUGACAGCUCGUCAGAUGAUGCUCAUUUUGAGCUGCUGCAGAAUGGUUGCUCGACGCUGAAUGCGAGGUGCAGCCGGUGUUUCAAAGGAGAGGUGAUCUCAGAUUUGUCAGGUCUAGUGAAUGCACUGGACCAAGGGAAGUCGAAGCACUUAAGGCGUCAGUGA